AUGAAUAUCAGAGAAGAAUAUAUUGUGUUUCUACACUGCAAAUGGGGAUUAAGUGGUGCCCAACUUGCUAAACUUGUAUUAGAAGCUUUAAAUUACUUAACUUUAUCUAUUGAAGAUUGUAGUGGUUAUGAUGGUGCAAGUUCUGUUGCAGGGCACAUCAAUGGAUUGUCUGCACAUAUUUUAAGGCUAAACCAGAAAGCCCUUUAUACACAUUGUUACAGUCAUAAGAUGAAAACGUGCAAACUCUUUAGAUUUGAAUUCGCAAACCAUGCGACGUUCGAAGCUUGUAUCAAAGAAGAAUCAGUGAUCAAACAUUUGUAUUGUAAUAGCGUUUUAUAUAACACUGCAG